UAUGUCGCGUUUAGCAUAGUAGCGCUGCUAGUGUUUACUGUCGCUUCGUACAACAAUGCCACAAAGCUGCUUACCAUCUUAACCACGAUCAAGUAUUGCAACACGCUUCUUCAGCUGGUCAUUAUAGAGGUUGAUAACUUGAACCACGCCACCUCAAAUGCCAUCGAUCGAGAGUUGAAAAAAGUGAUUCAAUUGCAUCAGCGGGCUGUUCGGUAAUGCGGUGCUUCUACCAAGCAUCUAUUCUACAGUACAUCACAAAUUCAUUUCCUAUUCAACUUUCCCUCAGCUGUGUCGCGCUACUAAAUCAAACGCUAAGCUUUGUAAUGACCGUACAGCUUGCUCUGUGCAUUCUGACCUGGUGCUUCACGCUUCUCUACAUCCUCAUCGUCGGGCUGGAUGUGACGGGAAUGAACGGGUUGUUGAUUAUGAUCAACAUGACGCUCGAAAUGUUUGGCUACUGUUUCUUCUGCACCGAACUAGCCACCACCGGUACGCUCAUUGCCCGCCAAUCGUACGAGUUCCGAUGGGAGGAACAUGAUCCGAAAAUUCAGAAAAUGAUUUCAACCAUUGUGGCCCGCAGUCAGCUACCGCUACGCAUUACAGCGUGCGGUUUCAUCACGGUCAACGUGGAGCUGUUCGCCAAGGUCGUUAAGACAACUUACUCGGUUUUCAUUGUGCUGAAGGAUUUCAUAUAA